UCUGGAGGCUGCCAGCAUUGGAUUCAUCAUCAUCAUCGACAGACGACGGGACAAAUGGAGUGCAGUCAAGGCAUCCCUAACACGGAUAGCAGGAGCAUUUCCAGGAAACCUGCAGCUGGUGUUUGUCCUGCGACCCUCCCGCUUUAUCCAAAGGACCAUCGCUGACAUUGGCAUUAAACUCUACCGCGAUGACUUUAAAAUGAAGGUACCGAUCAUCAUGUUAAAUUCUGUGUCUGAUCUGCAUGGCUAUAUUGACAAAAGUCAGCUGACCCGGGAGCUGGGAGGAACACUGGAGUAUGGCCACAGUCAGUGGAUUCAUCACCGAACUGCUAUUGAAAACUUUGCAAUGACAGUUAAAACAACAGCACAGAUGCUACAGACCUUUGGAACAGAUCUAGCAGAGACUGAACUUCCCAAUGAUGUGCAGUGCACAGAGGACCUCCUCUCCACACACACUGACCACCACAGCAAGCUGAAGGAUGAGCUGAAACUAGCUGUGAAGCAGGGGGCCACCCUACUGACAUGCAUUAGGGAGCCUGUCACCCGCAGUGCCAACAGCAAACUCAGUCCAGAUGAACUGGAAAAUGUGGCAACAGUAGAAAGGUUGUUGGCUCAGUUGGAUGAAACAGAAAAGGCUUUUGAUCAAUUUUGGACCAAGCAUCACCUAAAACUAGAACAAUGCCUGCAGCUUCGACACUUUGAACAUGAUUUUAGAGAGGUAAAACUGGCAUUGGAUAAUCUCAUGGAAGCACAAGCAGGUUUUGCUGACAUUGGAGACAGUGUGACUCGAGUGGAGCACCUCUUAAAGGAACAGAAACAACUGGAAGAGAAAGGACAGGAACCUUUGGAGAAGGCCCAGUCUCUAGCUCUCCAUGGAGAACAGCUCAUCCAAAACAACCAUUAUGCAGUUGACUCCAUUAGACCAAAGUGUGUUGAACUCAGGCGUAUUUGUGAUGACUUUACCAAUGAAACCAAGAAAAAGUAUGAUAUUUUGGGCAAGUCUCUUGAGCUGCAUAAGCAGUUAGAUAAGGCAAGCCAAUGGUGUGAAGCUGGAAUCUACCUCUUGGCUUCUCAAGCUGUGGACAAGUGCCAGUCACAAGAGGGAGCUGAAACUGCACUCAUUGAAAUCGAGAAGUUCCUGGUAACAGCUAAGGAACACCAGCUCUCUAACCCAAAGGAGUUCUACAAUCAGUUUGACAUGAUCAUCACCCCUGAAAUAAAGGCCAAUGCCCAAAGAAUUCUACAAAAACUAGAAGAUGUACAAGAAAUGUUUGACAAGAGGCAAGUAAGUCUGAAAAAGCUAGCAGCCAAACAGACCCGGCCAGUACAGCCUGUUGCCCCACAUCCUGAAUCUUCUCCAAAGCGAGCCUCACCAAAGAUUACCAGACCAGCAGGAGUAGCCACCAACCGGAGGUCCACAGAAAUUUCCUGCCCUCCAAAGACCAUUUCUGAAGUAGAGUUAUCAAAAAAGAAAAACAUUAAGAAGGCUAAAGGUGGAAUUAAG